AUGCAAGUUAUAGAACUGGCCAGCGGUGGCGGUGGAAUGCUGCUCUAUUACUUGGCAGCCAUAUUCAAAGGGCUCCAUCCACGAGUUGAUGAUGAUUUCGUUGACAAGCUCAAUUAUCACUAUACCUCUGCCAUUAUUUUCGCAUUUGCGAUAAUUGUUUCUGCUAAACAAUAUGUCGGUACGCUUUUUUUGCUUUUAUGUAUAAUAGGAUACCCAAUCCAGUGCUGGGUACCUGCACAAUUUACGGAUGCAUGGGAACAGUAUACGGAAAAUUACUGUUGGGUAGAAAAUACAUAUUAUUUGCCUUUAACAAGUGCUUUUCCUCUCGAAUAUGGCGACAGAAGAGCUCGACAAAUCAGUUACUAUCAAUGGGUACCAUUCGUACUUGCUCUUGAAGCUUUGAUGUUCUACAUUCCAUGCAUUAUGUGGCGAGGUUUGCUACACUGGCACUCAGGGAUUAAUGUGCAAAGCCUUACACAAAUGGCUUGUGAUGCAAGGAUGAUGGAUGCAGAUGCCAGAGCAGCUACAGUACAAACUAUUGCGGGGCAUAUGGAAGAUGCUUUGGAAAUACAAAGGGAGGUGACGGAUGUAUCCGGGAUGUGCGUUGGAAAAAGAUGGGGUUCAUAUGUAACCUGUCUAUAUGUAUUUAUUAAAACUUUAUAUUUGGUCAAUGUUGUUGGGCAGAUAUUUUUACUGAAUACUUUUCUCGGCACCGAUAAUAUCUUUUAUGGUUUCCACAUACUCAAGGAUCUGCUCAAUGGUCGUGAAUGGGAAGUAAGUGGUAAUUUCCCGCGUGUCACUAUGUGCGAUUUUGAGGUGCGUGUUCUCGGUAAUGUUCAUCAUCAUACUGUACAAUGUGUAUUGAUGAUAAAUAUGUUCAACGAAAAAAUAUUUUUGUUUUUAUGGUUCUGGUAUUUUAUGGUGUCAAUUGUAAGCAUGUUUUCCAUGGGUCAUUGGAUGCUCAUAUCAUUUCUCCCAGGACAGCAUAUGAAAUUUAUUCGAAAGUAUUUGAAAGCAACAGAUCUGGCUACAGAUAGGCAGUCUGUCAAAAAAUUUGUGCAUAAAUUUCUCGGAUAUGAUGGUGUAUUUUGUAUGAGAAUGAUAAGUGCACACGCCGGUGAUAUUAUGGCUACUGAACUUAUUGUUGCUUUGUGGCAUAAUUUUAACGACAGAGUGCGGAAAAGUCCGAUUGAAAUGUUUGAAGGAGGUGUAACUCAAAGCCCAAGCAAGUUGGAUGCAAAUUUCAAGACUUGGCUUCUUGGACAAACCAGGAAUAAGCCGCCUUUUGAUGGUUCAAAUCCUACACGAAGCAAAAAACGUCGGAAAUCAGAUGGCUAUUUCACUUUUGUAUAA